AUGUAGGCGGGGGUCGUGAGUUAACUUGCGUACUUGUUUAUUCGUUUAUUUCAAAUUAUUAUAUAUUUGCUUUAUUUUCUUUUACCAAAUGUCUUUAAAUUUCUGUUUAACUAGGAAUUCCCCCAAGACCUCCAACUGCCUGACCCAAGAUAUGACGAGCCAGUAAAAAGGAGGAAAAAGAAAAAAACUGAUUGAGUCAGAGGACUCAAUAAUUUUAACUCAAAGGUAAAUUCUAAAGAAUACUCUCUCUCUCGUUAAUUUGUUUAAAUUGUAAGCUUAACUUGUAAACUUUUUUUAAUUUGUAUUUUUAAAAAAAAAGGAAAAUGGCAAAACAAAAGGGACAAAGCAGUUUCACACAACAGACAAAUGAAGAGGAUCCACAGCUGACAAGAUUUAGACGGGAAAACCCUGGAAAAUAUGAAGCCCUGGAAAAGAGAACUAGUACCAGGUCUACGUUCACCCUAGGAUCGUUGACACCUAGAUAUACCUCAACAGUAUCAGGAUAUAGCCCAGCGUCACUAAGGUAUAGCCCAGCGUCACCAGGGUAUAGCCCAGCGUCACCAGAAUAUACUCCAGCGUGUCAAGGAUCACCAGGAUAUGUCCCUGUGAAACAAUAUCCUUUCCUUCCUUCACCUGAUCACACCUUGACUCCACUUCAGGCUCUAUUUAUGAAUACCCCAGCGUCAUCAGGAUAUGCUCAGGUGACAUGCAGCCCUGCGUAUGAAGACUCCCAAUAUCCUUUAAAAGAGGAGUUGGGAGCACUGUCCGAAUUAACUGACUCUCUUGGAGUUGAUCUACUUCAAAGUUCCAUGCUUGUGAACUAUGUCCAAGAUUACUUGAAAAAAUGGAAGUAAAGAGAACUGGCAGUGAAAUAUCUUCUUUCUUUUUUUUUUUUUUUUUUUAUAUAUUUUGUACUGAUAAGUUGUGGUUCAUUUCAAUGUGUCCACGGAUCAUUUUAUCAUAUUACAUGUGAAAUCAUGUACAUUUACAAUUGAUAUUGAAAAAUUAAAACUUUAUUAAUAGACUAUAGAAUUUUUUGUUGUUGUUAUCGAUGUUGGUAUUGAAAGUUUUCUUUAUCGCAAUAAUUAAUGUCGAAACAAGAAACAAGUUGUGUAUUACUAUGUACUACUUACUAAUCCAAUAUGACAACACUCCCUCUUCGUUUACCAAGACUAGACUGAAAAAAUUUGAAAAAGUUUGGACUUUUUAUAGUAAUGAUAUCUCGGGUAGUUGUAGAACUAAACUGGAAUAAUUACAAGUAGAAAGCCAUGCAAGUGUUUAAUAAAAAAAAUAGUUACAAGCCAUUAUCUUAUGGGUACAGGCGGUCUUAGGAGAGGUGACCUCAGACGGCCCUAGAAGUCACGGUUGUCUUUAAAAUGCCCGCAGACGGCCCUAUUAAAGGUGCGCUCAGACGACCCUUUGAGAGGUGCCCUCAAACGGCCCUAAGAGGGGGUGCCCCCAGACGGCCCUAUGAGGGGUGACCAUAAAGUGCCCUCAGACUACCCCCCUUACUACUAAUGUCUCGCCAUUAUCUGUAGCACAGGAUUGCCAAAAUACAAGGAUUUUUAAAGGCGUCUUAUUUUUGCUUACUUGUUUAAAACUGUAUAGAGAGAAAUCCAAACACGCUUUUGCCACCUCUUGGAAGGUGUGUUUAAAAGAAAAUUUUCAGUUGACUUCAUGAAGAGAUACACCGCAGAAUACGAUAUAGCAUUGACGAAGUUCCGAGGUGACACUGAAAAGCUAGUCAGCACUCUGAGUUAUACCAAGGAUGUCAUAAUACACUGCUAUUCGGGCAGAUGUGGCAAGACCUGUGACGAACAUUCUCUCGUCUGCGGUACACCCGAAAGACACUGGACCAAAGACUACCUCCCAAACUAUGCCAGAACACUUAUCCAGACGGACGACGGUGAGUAAACCUUACGUCAGCUCAUAAACUUCCGAUUUAGCCUGUCAACACUGAUAGCUAUCAGAUAUAGGACCAACACUCAGAAUGCCGAGGGCCUACAUUGCGAGUAUUCAAAAUCCAACCCAAAGAAUGUUACCUGUUCUCGGAUCUUUGAGCCUCAUAUUUUCUCAUCUAUACCCCGGAUGAACCAUGGACCUGAAAUAUCGACUGCCCUCAAGUGUACUGCACUCGGUUCAUCAAUUACUGGGGACACUCGUAUUACGCCGCAACUGAAGAGGAUACAAGAGCUGUACGAACACAGCAAACAGAGGAAAAGAUCUAAGACCUAUGCACCAGGAGACAAGUGAGAGAGAAAUUCGAUCUAUAUUUCCAGAGAGGGACCGAGACUCAAACAGGGCAUGGGUGAUCCCCCUUACAACAGUGUAGCUUAAGGAGAAGUAAUGAAUACUCCUACAGUAAGCAGAAACAUGACUGUCUUGCCGUACAAUUUAAUGUCGAGUGAAAUUUGACAUACCUCUAUCUAACUCUCAAAAAGCCAAUCUGAAUAUCCGGGUGCUUCAGACAAACUUUGGGUAUUAAAUGUGUACAUGUGUGUCUUUCGUUAUUUAUGUGUGGUGCUUCUAAACUUAAAUGAAGUGAAUUAAUUAAUGACUGUUGUGACAUAUGUGUGAUACAUGUGUAUGAUGUGGAAUGUGUAAUGCAUUUGUAUGUGGCAUGUACAUGGGCCUUUGUGACAAUAAAAUUUUACAUGUACCCUCUGCAAAUGUUAUUUUAACUCUGCCAUAUAUACCCACUACCGCGUCUGUUUGUAGCUAAGUUAACAUCAUAAAAAUUACACCCCAACCCAUUGACCCUACCUCUAUCUACCUUCUCUAAUAAAACAACACAUUUCCUCUUCUCGCCACGUGGCAUCCAUUGUUUAAUAGCAUGUCUAUGUAAUAACCCAGACUCCCCAUUUCGAUUUUAAAAAGUACACCAAACACGUAUAUGUAAACAUUUACCUCCCGGAUUGCCUCGCUGCAGGUUGUACCACUCUAUUAACUUUGGUUAUAUGGUCUUACCAAAAUUACUCACCUUUGACCUGACCCUACCUUUGACCUGACCCUGCUUCCUUAAAGUAAACUUCUCAGAAAUUUUACUUUCAUAUCAUGUAGUACAGUUAUUAAUGAGCAUUUUCAUACCAAAAUUACAUACCCAGCAAGUUGUGAGUUUGUUUACAUUGAAGGUAACAAAAAAGACACCCAGCAAUCAGAAUAGCGCAGGUAAACUUCAAAGGAUCUUAGAUUUAGUUGUUAUGGUUUAAGUUAAUAUUAAAAAGAACGGAUAUAAAAUAUCCUUUUAAUUGUAAUAUGGAGAGAAAGAUCCCAUAUAUUUGGGAUACCAUUGAGGGACAAGACUUUGAAUUCCCCAAAACUCUUGCUGUAUGGCAUUUUUAUUGGACUUUACAAUUGUACACAUCCAUGUUUAUUCACUGAGACAGUGACUGUUUAUUCUAUCGUUCAGUCUAAUUAUUAAAUAAGUACAAUCCAAGGGGGGAAAUUCGAAAUAUUCCGAAUGAAUAGCCCAUCUUGUGGUCGUCGUCCACUUUGCAUUCAGCUUAAGCUCACCGUUCACCAAAUUCAGUUCAGCGUUCGCUCUGCGUGCGUUCACCGUUAGCUCUAACUAAAUGUAGAAUUUGCUAGAAAGUCUAGAAGGGAAUAGGUGGAAAGCUACUGAGUUCCGCCAGUUUUUCCUAUACACAGGGUAAUUUGUGUUAAAAGGUGUUUUAAAACAUAACUUGCACAACCAUGUAUGUGUCUUUGUGUAGCAAUAACCAUUCUUGUAAAUGAAGUCUUUGCUUUGCAUUAAUCAAAUCAUGCACAUCGUUUACUUUGCACGACAAUGUGGCAGAUUGUAUGAGGAGGAUUUUUAUGUCUAACAUACACACUCUCUUUUCCAUUUGAGAACUGAAGCUGAUGCAUUUUUGGCUCAUUAGAAAACUGACGAAAGUUAUGUUCCAUGCUUAUUCGUAUUUUGUACAUCAUUAAAAUAAUACAGUAUCAGCUCAGCGGAUUGAUGAUUGAUUGAUUACGGUCUUACACUGUGUUGGUAAUAUUUCAGCCAUUUUACGUCGGUAAAGUAUUUGAACAGUGUUUGGUUGUGAGUGUUUGAGUUUUCCCGACAACCCCCAAUUACCUAGCAGCUGAACUGUUGAUUGAGGUUUUACGCCGUUUUGGCCAUAUCUCAGCCAUUUCACGGCAAUUAACUAAUUGAAAUAUGUUUGGCACAAAACUGCGCAAGGUGAAGGCCUUGUAUUGUUGUAUUCCUGUCCGCUCACAAAUGUAAUAGAAGAAAUUUUCCAUUGUGUCCAAACAUACCUUCACAUAUUCAUUAAAGCCCCCAUACGAUCAAACAUCUCACAUUCUUUGAUGAUUCUUAAACAAGUAGAGUCUCCUGUAAAGAAGUUGUGUUCAUGGAGUUUGUAACAACUGCAGGAUUAACUAUCAAAUGGUGGAAAUGCUUAAUAUGUUAGAUCUAAGAUGGUGUGAUUUACCAUUCAUUUUAAAACUAACGUAUAAAAGGAGGGAAAACAAAUGCUGUGAUGACAUGUUCUGGGUAAAGGGAAUAAAGUUACUAAGCACAGCAGUAAAUGGGAUGCCAUAAGACUCUGAAGGUGACAUAAAAAGUGGUCUGAAGCUUGAAUUGUGGUCAUUGAUAAUAUAAGUGAGUAACUCCAUAUUUGCCACUCAGAUGCUAAAGUAAGAAAACAAAUCACUUUUUGUGACAAAAUUUAAUAAGAAAAUUUCUUUACGUACGAUGGAAAUCAUUAUUUGUUAAUUCACCACAGGGGGUCAUUUUAAUGAGAUGACAAAAUGAAUCCCGUGAUCCUAAACGUCUUCCCAACCAUGAAUAGAGAAGAAAUCUAAGAAUAUACAUAAAAAGAUAUUGUGAAAAACAAUGCGUAUUCACCAAAAGAUCAAAACUCAUUUUGCAAACUGAGGAACGUGAUAACAUGUCUUACUUUACUGAAUGUAAGACGAGGAGGGCACUGUUACAGAACUUAAUGGUGGUUUAAUUGUAAGUGGAUAAAUCACACGUCCAGAAAUGUGAUGAUUGUGACAUUGAAAAAAUGUCUUGUGAAAUUAAAUUAUCAUAUCGUCACUCUUCAACCCAGUUAGUAUCAGUAAUAGUUCCAGAGGGCCGCUGGCAGGGUCUAAGAUUUUUUCUUCUCAAUAAAAUUGUCAAGACAUGAUGUUUACUUCUUUAUUUGGUAUACCAUUUUGAAGAUUUCACUUAAACAAAUGAUCAGAAUAAAUAACAAUGAUAGGCAUUGAUCGUUUAUAAUGACUUUUGAGACGAUUCCCUCUCCUAUUCCUUAAACUUAAGUAGUCAGAUGGUACAAAUCGAAAUACUUGAAAAAUCCACAAAUGCUUGAGUUUUCAAUAUGGAAAAUUCCGUAAUAUGUUGUCAUGAUUUAUCAGAAUUUUAUCACUGCUUAAAGGACUAACUAGUUCUGUGUAUAUGAAACAAUGGAUUAUAACUUGGUGUAACCCGGGACUGCUUUAAGAAGGGCAUUUCUUUUCAAUUAUACUCUUAUUCAGAUCAAGAAUAUAAGUAUUUCAUAACUUGUGAGCGAUAAGGAGAGCGCAACAGCAACAAACCUUGUUGAUUCAAUUGUAUUUGUUGUUCAUUUUUCUGUUUUUAUUAGAUUUAAAAUGGCCAAUUUUGAAAAACCCCACAAUGAUAUACCCCAGCAAAAGUUCUGAGAAGAGGCAAUGCAACACCUUCUCUAUCCUCAAACUGCACGGAGAUGUCUUUUCCAGUGUUAAGCGUCUAAGCCAUUGCCAGAUCCUUGUGGAUACAAGGAGUUUAUAUAUGGGAAUCAUACCGCUCCCAAAUGAAGACUUCAAGUGGGCUGCUAUUUUGCAGUGCGAAGUUGCCAGGAAGAAGGGUCUUCAGCACUGGAUUAGGGACUUCCGCCGGAACUGCCAGUGUGACAUGACAGAAGAUUGGAUAGAUGAGAACCUGCCUUCUUUGGAUGGCAAGAAAUUUAUAAAAUCAAGAAAGUUUAAUCAGCCUAUGCUGCCGAACCAUCGCGCGACAUACGUCUGAAGACUGCCCCAAGUUUACAAAUUGUUCGCGAAAAUGCAGCAGAGAAAAAAGAGAAGAGAUGACUUCAACAAAAACCGAAAACUCGACUGUGUCUGUGACUGAAACACAGAUGAAGAAGGUGGAAGAAGCAGCUUUUUUCCCCACAUCUGCUGCAUCCGUUCCAGUUCAUGACAGGAAUUCUCACGAUGGAAAAAAAGAGAUGGAGCUUGAACAAACCGCUGUCCUGUGGAAGGCAGUCAGUCUUCUGAGACUGUUUCUAGAAUUUAUUUUAGGAGACUUGAUGAAAAAUCCUUUAAAAAUCCAUCAUCUAUGCAUCAAUCCUCUAAGUCAAGACAAAGGGAUAAUUUAAGAGGAACAAAUGUCCGACCACCAACACAGAUGGGGGAGUAUCCACUCUUUCUCCUGCAACAACUAGCGGUGAGAGUGCUACAUUUCGAAAACUUGUAUCGAAUAAAAGAACUUUAUCAGUGACAGUUAAUAUAGAGCAACCUUCAAGCAAAUCAAAUCUCUCAAUAUUCAGAAUACUGCUUGUUGUCCACUUGUCCCUCCUUAGGUAAAAAAGUCGGACCUCAUUGCACCCAGGAGCACAUGCCAGCAAUGUUCCAGAUGGUGUCAGCUGACUCUGAUGUUGACCAGUGUGUUCGAGCUUUAAGGUGGCUGAUCAGAGCUGCUCUUGGAGAACAAGCCACCUUAAAGGAUGCAGUCAACCAGGCAAAUAAAAUCCCCUCAACUAAUGCCUUAAAACCAUUACAUACAAAUUUAUUUCGUCAGGCCUGUCGUUUUCUGGAGAUAGCUGAGCGUUUAAAAAAAUCACACUUCACCCAGUGAAUUCCCCCCCAGCCGUUUUGGAGAUGCAUCAUGGUACUUUUGGACCAAUGUAACCCAUCUCAACAGGAGUUCAUACAGUUUAAAUCACCCAGUACUUCCACUUCAUCUAGUGCUCUUGUGAGUGUUCAACAUGAUUCAGACUCGGAAUUGCCAUCAGAUCUGGAAGAGUACAUUUUUUUCAAUAUGAUGUGUGUAUGCCAGUUUGUUUUAAUUGUAAUACUAGUAGUAAAAGAAAUUUCAAUGGAAAUUCUAAGUUCUAGAUUUAGCGAAUGGUGUCUUAACCGGCAGUUGCAGUGUUUAGAUUUCGAUAUUUGUUUCAUGUAUAUAUUUAAGUUCUUUUACUGGAGAUAAUUUUUUACACUGUUCUAACCAGUGCCUCUACCCAGGCAAUUAGUUUAGUUGUAGUAAUCAAGUAUAUGCAUACCACGCUUUGUGCCAUAUAUGUUAACAAUACUUCUUCCUCAAUUCAGGAUUUUAGGAAUUCUGAAGUCUAAGUCAGUUAGGGGGCGAAAUUUGAUAUGAUAAUGCUGUAAGUGAUGCGGACAAAAUAUUGAUUCACUUAAAAAUCACAGUCACGGUUUCCAGUGGCGUAGGUAGGUUUGAAAUAUUUGUAAGCAGGGGGUCUGGAAGGCGGCAGCCCCCAGAAGCUGAGGACAUUUGUCGUAAUAUGUAAUGAAAAUUUAACGAAAAUAUUUGUAAGCACGUGCAUACCGUGUAGCUACCCACUUGCUUCUUUAUAAAACAUUUCAAAUUGAUUGGUAUCGUGUGUGCUGAGAAAUAUUGCUGGUACAGUAUUUGUUCUUUUUCCAUAUCACCCAUCACAUGAAUAUGAUGGACGGUCCCUGUUUUGUCUUAUCAUUGUUUAACUUUAUUCAGAGGUGCAAUUCAAAUGAAAUAGCACCAUCCUGUUUUUGUAGUAAACUAUAGUUCUUCUUUUCCAGAACUACUAACCUUGAACAAACUUUCAACAAAGUAUCUUUAGGCGAAGCCAAUUCAAGUUUGUUGAAAUACGGGGUCACGUCCAUUUUACAGGGGAUAUUUUGUAAUAGAAUGUUAUGGAGCUCCGUUGACAUAAACCAAAUAAUUGAACAUAUCUUAAAUUAUUUGAAGAUAUCAUCAGUUCAUUUGAUGCGCGCAACAAUUCAAUAUUAAAUAUCUCCUCAAAUCAUUAAUUUAGUAUAAAUUUUGAAUUAUUUCGCGCAUUAUUAUUGCUCUCUUUAAAUGAAUUGAUGAUAUCAACAAUUGAAAUUCAUGUGCGCUGCAAUUUAAUUGAAGAGAACAAUAAUUCAGCACAUUGAUCGAAUUGAUGCGUGCAGUAAUUGAAUUAUUGCUCCAUUCCAUUGAUAUAGCGACAUCAUUAAUUCAUAUUAUGCGAGCAAUAAUAUUUUUAGAGACAUAUGAUUACAGGUACAUACAUCUUCGAUUCAACAUAUUCACAAUUGACUCAAUUAUCUUUUUAUAUUGAAUUGUUGUUCCGCGCAUUAAUACAAAAGCGUCAUACAUACGUUUAAGAUAUCUAUCUUCAAUUAAAUCAAAGAGAUCAUCAAAUAAUUUAUAUCGACCUCUAAAUUAAUUCCUGCGAGCAAUAUCACCACCAAAAUGAUCCUCUUAUCAAUUGAAUUAACGAGAGCAAUGAUUGAAUUAAUGCGCGCAUCAAAUCAUUUCUUCUUAUCAGUUCAAUAUAUACGCGCAUUAAUUCAAUUGAUGAGAGCAAUAAUUGAAUAGAUGAUAUUUUAAAUUAAUUAAAGAUAUCUUCAACUGUUUAAGUUUAUGUCCAUUUGGUGCUCCAUAGACUCAUACAGCUUAGAACUACAUUGCAGACUUAUAAAUCGUGUCCUACAGAACCAGAUAAAUGGGACGAUUUUAAUCCAUUUUCAGCACACCAAACGUUUUGUGGUAGUUCUUCACAUUACCAUGACAAGGCGAUAUCUAAAUGUGUUACCAUAAAGCUUCUAUUUUAUUGGACAAACCACAUAGCGGUUUUUGUAUAGUACAGUACCAACCUGACAGAAAGCAGUCCCAGUAAACAAACCGAAAAGCAGUCCCAGCAGUCCCCCAUCAUAGGUAACACAAUGUACUCUCUUUGUAAACGAGUUCAUAGUGAAAGGAGGAUUUCUCAGCAUAAGAAAACAUGUUCUGGAACUUUGAAAUCCACUGAAUACCCAACUUCAUUCAAUAUUUCACUCCUGGAGAAUAUGGAAGAAUUUUCUGAUGAUUAUAGAUUGGAGAUUUUGGAGGGUUUUCAUGAAAAUGAGGUUUGGAAACUAAUCCGAAAUUAUUCUUAGAGCAAGCAAUUUGGAUUUCGCAGUUACCAGAGUUCUAUGGGUGCUGAUAGAAUGACAGAGAAAAGAAAAUCUCUUAUGUUAAAGGACCUGACCAUCUCUCUAGAAUUCAGUUGAAUUAUAUCUGAAAAAAUCGGAAUCAUGCUUUUAACUCCAGCAGUGAAAUGUCCAAAACACGACAAUGUAAAACGAGGUAAAUAGUGGCCUUAAUACGUCUGAAGAGUCAAUUUAUAACAGUGUUGUCAGUUUUCUGGCCAUCAUUCUUCGCAACUGCUGAUUAAUGGGUUUUAAGAAAGCGGUCGCCUGGUUUGCAAUGACAUGUAAAACUGCCUAAAAUAACCUUGAAUAUUCACAAAAGAAACUAUUGAAACAGAUGUUUACCAGAGUAUAGAAAUAAAAGAAUUUUGCCAGUAAAGAGAUGCUGUUUUUAAUUCGAGGCAAGCUACUGACAAACAAGUUGAUGGUACAGGGGUUUCAACAGUCUCCAUUGAAGUCAGCAUUUCGCAAAUUCUAUGGUCGUUAUAACGAUCUAGUUCGUCAAUAAAACCUAUCAUUGGGCAAAUGCUGUCUGUUUAUUUUAUAAGUACUGUUAAUUAUUCAUUUUAUAAAUUUUAUUGAAACAAUGGUUGGUUCUUUACUUUUCCCUGUCAAUGAUACACAGUGUUGUACAGGGUUACUGUGCUGGCUUUUCUGUUACUCGCCUGCUCUAUACGAACAGCUGAGUUAAAUACCUGUUGAUAGAUUCUGAUAACAAACCAAUUAAAUUAUGUUUAAAAUAAGCAGUGACGGUCAUACAGUAACUGCAUGAAAUUCCUUCGUAUUUGGGGCUUUAAGAAACGAAAUCAAAACUUUUGUUUCAAGAACUCAAAGACAAUAGAACACAACCACGUGUGCCUACAUUUCCACCUAAGUCACAAUAUUACACAAGUACAUAAAUCAUCUUCCGCCUACAGAAGUAUUCAGAUUACUACUCGCCGACAUACAUGUUGUUAAUCAUCUCAAUUAAAUCAAGAAAAAAAGGUAAUAGAGCAAACCAGACGGUUCCGUUUACGGUGUAUGGAAACGAACAGUGGACCUCUAUUAUACUGUGGAACUUCGUGUCUCCAGAUUAUUUGCCGAUGUACAAGUUGUUUUUCAUCUCGUAAUUAAAUUCAGAAGAAUAAAGGUUGUGUGUACGAUGUAUGGAAACACUUUUAUUCUUAUAUUGUGUAACUUUGUCUCAAUACGUUGAUUCAGUAUUCGUUGCUUCAUAUUUAUACGUGAUCCUCACAAUGUGUGAUAAAUGAUUUACAAAAUCAAAAUAGCUCACACUAAAUAUUUGUCGAUAUAACAGAGAAGUUGUAAUUCGCCGACAUGCAUUGUACUGUUCCACUCAGUCCACUAACCUGUCCAUUAUACAAUUUGAGGAAUUCGGUGACUGUCAUGAAAUAUCGAUAGAGACUUCUACAAUAACCCAGAGCAGUACAAGUGGCGGGAAUGUGCACGUCUCUUAUAUAACCUUCAGCGGCCAUAACAAGAUUACACUGACAUCGCCCUCAAGUAAAAUGUACAGAGCUGAAUUAAAUAGGCAUUAAAACCUACUUACUCACCCACUAAUAUAACAUCAAAAUAAUACCGACUCGCAAAAUUCCCCACAUUUAUUUCCUCUUAAAAUGUAUGCCCUAGUAUAUCGCUUAAAGGAAAAUCUCCCCUAAUAAUGCAGAGAGUUUUUUCCCUCAUCAUUAGAC